AUGUGGAUAGCUCCAGAACAGAACCAAAGUUGGGUCUCUGAAUUUAUCCUGCUUGGCUUCUUCAGUGACCCCAUCUCCAACAGGAUCCUCUUCAUUGCCUUCCUUCUCCUGUACCUGAGUUCAAUCCUGGGCAAUGGGCUCAUUAUCACUCUGAUCUGCCUAGAUUCACAUCUCCACACUCCUAUGUACUUCUUUCUCUGUAUCCUCUCCCUACUUGAUAUAAGCUAUGUUACUACCACCAUACCCCAGAUGCUGGUGCACCUUCUUGCUCACUCUCAAAGCAUCUCUUUUGCUCGCUGUUGGGUGCAGAUGUAUGUGUUUGGUGCCCUCAGCCUGACGGAGUGUGUUUUCUUUGUUGUUAUGGCCUAUGACCGAUAUGUGGCCAUUUGCUAUCCACUGCGUUAUACUGUUAUCCUCAGCUGGGGAAUGUGCACAAGACUAGCAGCUGGGACCUGGGCCUUUGGUUUCAUCUCCUCUUUGAUUCACACCUUCCUCACUAUGAGGCUACCCUACUGUGGGCCCAAUAUUGUCAACCACUACUUCUGUGAAGGUCCCACAGUACGAACCUUGGCAUGCAUGGAUACCCACCUCAUUGAGAUAGUGGAUCUGGUCAUGAGUGUGUUUGUGAAUGUUACUCCAAGUUGCCUCAUACUGGCCUCUUAUGUCCGUAUUGUUCUGGCCAUUCUCAAGAUCAAGACCACCAGCGGCCGAUGCAAGGCUUUCUCCACCUGUGCUUCCCACCUAACUGUGGCUACAUGCUUCUAUGCUCCAGCCACCUACAUUUAUCUAAGACCUAAUUCCAGCUUUUCCCCUGAACGUGACAAGCAGAUUGCCCUCUUUUACAAUGUCCUCACAGCUUUGCUCAACCCUGUUGUCUAUAGUCUGAGGAACAAGGACAUCAAAGGGGCUUUUCUCAAGGUGAUGGGACGAGGGAGGGUGGCCUUGUGA